CUAAUCACUGUUUUUGUGUAUAUACGUAAUCUUUUUUUAGCUACAGUAAAUCAUUUAAAAAAAAGUGCAACAAUUGUUGGGUGUGUGAUGCGGCGAUCCUUCUGAUAUUAGUAGUCAUUCUGAUCUCGACGAUUUACAGUACAGACAAAACAUUCUGCAGCGACUGAGAUUGAAAUCACUCAGCAGUUUGAUAGGCUAGUGGCGCACUGUACAUCUACAGAAUUGCUUGCACUGAUAGUUAUUGGUAUAUGCCAGACAAUCCUGUAUCUAAAUACACGAUCCUUCCAUUUAAAUCUGGAUGUUCAAACACUUGAUAAUUGUGUAUCUUUUCAAGCAACAACAGUGCAUCUUAGUGAUUGGAUAGACUAUCUCAUAUGAGAAGAUUAAAACAAUGAGGAACAGUCAAACAAUUUCAAUGUAAUGUGAGUGGCGCAUCUUUAUCUCAUGAAGUAGUUUUGACCGUUUACAAGCAAUCUAACAGAUUGAUGCAAGAGAAUAACGUCAACCUGAUUCGGAUAAAAUGGCAAAAUCUGAUCGACCAAAGAACACCGUACAGGUGGACCAUGUUGCUUACUACCAUACGUACAAAUACAAUUCACUACAAAGACUUAACAAAUCCAAAAGUAUGCAUGGUGUCAAGCGCGUCAUAGCAUUCUGUAUAUUGACUGCAAUUUUACCAGCAUCGUUAAUAAUACUACCUCUGUAUCUUCGGCAUACUGUGUUUGCUGAUGUAGUGUAUCCUAUAGCUGAAUCUGACAUAAUUGAAAUCCGAGAUGGAAUAUCAUCAGUAUUUUGCCAACGACACACGUUGCAGAUGAAUACCAGUUUUAAUGCAUUUCAAUUGAAACAAAAACCAGAGAUAUCUCAGAAUCGAAAGCACAUACGUUUGAAGAAAUCAAUGUCUCUGCCAGACGAUACGUUAGAGUAUUGGGGUUUUUAUCUACUCAAGGGAGCAACAGUUGCUUUAAAAGUCUGUUCACGAUAUGAUGGAUCACGAAUCUUAGUAGUUAAAGGUGAAAGAAAUCUUAGAACUUGCGGUCUGCUAGAACAUAAUAAAAACAAAAUCGGUGCUCAUCUGAAUAACGAGCAUGGGCAAGUGUUGGUAACCUUUGAAUCUGCAGCAGAGAUUGUUGAUUCUUCUGGACUCAACAAUGAUAACAAGUCCGAACGUUAUCUACCGCCCGACGUUGGAAAUCAUGGCGGUGAAGACUUAACCGACGAAGAUAUGACAGCUGCUGACACAGUAGAUCGCAAAAGACUAAAAACACACUCUACAAAGCAUCCUCACAACACGAAACACACACCGGCAUCGAAAGGCGCAAUAGCAAGCUUUCAACAUAAAAUGAAAAGCAAGGAGAAACCAGAUAGUUCAGAAGAGGAUAAAUCUUUUCUGAAGCCAAGUCAUCCACCUAUUGACGGCAGUUCAUCGAAUGCACCAAAUUCCAUUCAUGCUUCCAAAGAAUUUGAGGCUAGUCGUAGACAUAAUGAAAACUAUAAACAUGAAACAAAAAUUACAAGCACGACAACUAUGAAAAUAGACGAAAAAGAGGCUGAAGAAAUUAAUCGUCGUAAGCGACAUCGCGGUAGACAUGGUCACGGUGAUAAGAUAAAUAAAAACACCAUACACGCUGAAAGUACACCAAUUGCUGAAAGUACCUCGAUAAAGUUGAGUGGCACGAGAAGAAAACGUGACACCGUUUAUGACCGACGAAUUAAUCAUGGCGGUAACGCCUUUAAUUUCUCCAACAAUACAUCAGACUCAGUGUCAAGCUUUGAGAACAGUUUGCUCACUUGCUACGAUGGUGACAUUUUGUUGGCACAAAGUUUUCCGCCAAGUCAUCUAUGUAAAGAUGUGCAGUAUCUUGAAAACGGAGUUCAUAUGGUAACAAAGCAUGAGAUCGCAUCGGACGGAUACUAUUACUAUAUAUUCUAUAGUGACAAUGAUUAUGUUCAAAACGACAUCCAUGCAGUUUUUGAUAUCUAUAAACCAACAUUUCAGUACUCAAACAUUUCGGAAUCAAAAGGCUGCGUAAAUAGUACCAAUUGCUCAUUUCCUAUUUCUUUCUGGACAGAUGAGCGAGUUAUAGUUGAGGUACCCACCCGAGAUGGUAUUGAGCAUGAGGAAGACGACAUUACGUUUCUGAUAUCGACCUGCCAACCCCGUAUGGCUAUCUAUGUGAUAUUUCCGAUUUCUGUCCUGUUUCUUGUAUUGACUUGUGCUUUCCUGUAGCUGCUGAAGCAGUGUCAACUCAUUCGAACGACAAGAUCACUGGUGAAGAGCAACCUUGCCAGUAUAAUAGUUUUAGUACCUGCUGAUAUAUAUAUAUCACUCAUACAAUUCUGAAUUUGUCAAGAGGUAACUGUGUGGACGAUACAAACAUGCAUAUUUUAUUACAUUGAUUAUGGAAACAUUACAGUAGAUAUGGCGGCGGAAUUGUGCCUUUUACCAAAAAAUUGUUAGUUUUAGGACGAGGUAUUACAGCAUAGGUAGGUUGAAAUAGAAACAUACAGUCGCGAUUACCAAAUAUGUAAGACAACAGCUGAUAAACCAUUGGAAAGAGCUCAUUGAAAUUAAAAGUUAUUGCUUAAUUUUCCUGUGUAAACAUUGGAGGGGAGUAACACAAAUUUUUUUUAUUCUAUUACGUGACCUUUUCAAACAAUUUUUUACCAGCCAUUUACUUAUGAGGCUUUUAAUUGUACCUAAACUAUAAUAAUAAAAUAGUAGUUACUAAACUCAUAUACAGUAAAUGUAGUUCUGAUAUUCAUGUAACUUUCGUUGAUAUCUUUGCACAUCUAAGUUAUGACUAAAGGAACAAAUAUUACACAACGAAAGAAAAUCGCUAUCUACAAGUUGAGCAAUACUCUUUUCAACCGAGUGUCUAUUGCAGUGCAGCGAUCCAACAAGACGAAUAAAAAAUGUUUAAAUUAAAACAAACGUUCUAAUGGUUGUACAAAAAUCUCAGUUAUAAAGUCAAAAAAAUAUAAUCGCAUUUCCAGAGAAAUGGAUCUGAAGUCUCCGUAUUGAAGUUACUAAACAAUAGUAAAUGUAUGUUAAUAAUUUUAUUUUCUGCGAUACUUGCGAAAUUAUCACUUGAAAAUUAAUCUGAAACACAAUCAGCAAGAAAAAUAAUUCCUAAUUCAUCCUUUUCUUGUUGUCUGAAAUGCAUGAUUUAUUUUUUAGAAAUACCUUACCUCCACAACUCAAGACGUGUAAACCAGUCUUUUUCUUUAACGGUAGUUACGUACCAUGCGAAAACAAAUAUUUCAGAAAAUAGCAUGUAAAAAGAUAUUCGAGGGUACACUCAAACAAAGAUAAACUAAUUGCUUUGAAAAUUAAUAUGAAAGAAUUUCUCAAACGUAAGGGUCAUGAAACUAUCAGUAACAACAUUGUUACAAUUUUAUUUUCGAUUUUAUGGUUAUAUAUGAUGAAACGUUACCAAAUCAAACAAGUUCAACAAUAAUUUAAUAUGCUCUGUUAAACGAGUUUAAUGAUGUUUUAUAUGCCGCUCUCAAAACCUCCUUCGAAAAUAGUUGGCCGGUAAUUAGGCCAAUAAUAGGUUCGACGAAUAAAAACGGUGAGAUAUCAGGCAUUAUUAACAUCGUAUUAGAAUCUAAGACCAAUUCCAUUUAAUUCGCCGUAAUAACAGUCAAUUGCGUGAAGAAUAGGUGUAUAGUGUGCAAUAUUAUUUUAAAUAUCCUAAAAUUUGAAUUUGAUCGUACAUAAUCCAUACAUAAAUAAAAACAUAAAUUGCAUGUAAUUCUAUAAAUAUAUUUCGUUACGAUUUGCUCAGGAGUUAUGCCUAUUUACAGAUUAAAAAAAUACUAGUCCAUUAUUGUUACCUGCUGGUAGAACUAUUGCAUAUCAACUAUUUAAAUAUUACAUGAACAAUUAGACAUAUAACUGAUGCAUACGAAUUUGCUCCAAACAAUUCAUUGACAUGAAAUAACAUCAACUUUUACGUGUGAAAUGAACUCUUUGUUACAAAUAAUUCUCAACGGGGGCAAAUGCCCCGGCUACCCCCCUUCCCCCCUGGUUCUAGGCCGGGCAUGCAACCACCUCUCGAAGGUAUAACAGUGAAGACCCUUAUUUUGCUCUUCACCUUCCAGCAGAGCGUGAAGUCAUUUCAUAAGAAAAGAGGUCCCACGAAAAUAUCUGCUCCCUCCCUACCGCUCAAAUUCGGCCCUGUCUAUCUGUACUUUUUUAAAGAGCUGAAUUUUUUUUAUUAUUUUUUCGCUAAAUACAUACAUAAUUCUUGCUCCUUAUGACCAGCAAGGGAAUGAGAGGUCAAAAAUCGAUGCCUAGCUUGUUUCGAUUUAUACAAGAAAAACUGAACAAAAGUUAUAAUUGCCAAAACAAUAAUUCAUAGCAACUUACAGGACGUAAACAUUCUAGCUAGUUUUGAAAACGUGCUGCUCGAGUGGAGAUAUCAUCUGAACCUACGAGUAUCUUAUAACAUGGAUGUAGAUGAUUGAAACAGUGAUUGCAUAUUUAGACAUUUUCUGCAAGAGGCUCUAAUUAACAUGAAUUAGUACCUAAGGAGCAUUUUACUUAAGGUAUAUUUUACGAACAGGUGGUACGAAAAACGAAUAAAACAAG